AUUCGUAUAACCCCAUAAAUGGACAAAGGCCAAAUGCAUCUGUGGAUUAACAGGAGGAAACAUGUCGGUGAUAGAAGAGAGAUCCUCAGUGACCCAGGUAUCCAAAAAGUAGUGCUUCAUCCAGAGAAAAUGGUUAUGAUUAAUCAGACAGAAACUGACGCUUUGUCAAUAGAUCAUGAAAGAAAAUAAACUGAUGAGCAAUGAAACAAAAGUCCAGACAAUGUUUUCGAACAAGAGGAUAUCUAACGGGUUUGAAAGUGUGAAAACUACUCGUUUAAAUGAUAAGAAUGAUCUCUGCCCACCAAUUUAUCCCAAGAUUCUCAGACCUUCACACGAGAUAAUGAGGAAGAUCAAUGUAAAUAAUGUCAUUAAGAAGUUCAAGAAAUCUUUUAUGAGAAAUUCCAGACGUAUCAUCGAUCAACCUCAAUAUGUAACUGAUUAUCAGAGGAUCAGAAAAUACAAGAGUUAUGAGAAGAUAGCAAGGGCUCGCAGACUAGCUUCUCUUAACUCCAAAUCGCAAUCCCAUCUUUAUGGGAAUUAUAAACAUUUUGUAAAUAAGAUCAAGUCUGGAAAUCUUCAAAAGAUCAAACAUGGCAACACCAAUUUUUCACUCAGGAAUCCUCAGCUUAGGCUUGGAGCUUUCAGUCCUGCGCUAACCAGAGGUUUAUUUUCAAAUUUAUCGAACUGGGAGCCAGCAAAUGGGAAACAAAUCAAAUCAAUUGUAGAUGAAGUAGAAAAACCAAUAGAUGAUUCUCCAAUGAGAGAAACCGUAGAAAAUGAGAGCUCUGAAAGCUCUCUAUCUCAAAGGAACAUAAAGUAUACCACCAUUGUCAGAUACUUCAGUGAUAGCAAGGAAGGAUCUACUUCAAGCUCCGAGAUAUCUGAAGAUUUUAAGGAAAACUUGGGGAAAAUCCAAUCACAGAAAUAAGGAAAAGAACUUUGCAAAGUACAUUGAUAAAGCAGUCAAGAUAGACUUGUACCAUGAAGCGGAGAAAGAUCUAGCCCAUAAACCAGACCCUCUACAGAGCAUGAAGGAUAUCGAAUCAAUUAUCGAACGUGAGAAAUGGAAGAAAGAGCAUUAUGAUAAAAUCAAGUCCAGGUCAAAGCCUCAGCUUCUCACUACAAUUCAGUCGGAAUAUUAUAGAAAUAAAAUGAAAGGGAAUAAUAAGUACAUGAAGAUGAAGAAGAACUUGUCCAAAGCAUUUAAUAUAUCUGAAAGAAGGGCUCCAUUACCCAAGAAGAAGCCAAGUUUGAAUACGAAGUUUCAACUCAAAGAACUGUAUUCCCCACUCCCCGCAAAUACAUCUCCUGGGCAGAAGAUUGGAUAUUCUCAAAACAAAGAUGACGGAGUUAAGAUUGGAACAAGGGUUCUACAGAAGAGAUUCAGGAAACAAAAAUAUUAACUUUCAAUUUGUAAAGAUUAAG